AGAAUGAGACUCACAACAUAAACAAACUCUCUCUCCCUCUCUCUCUCUCGUUAUUAUUUGUUAUAAAACUCUUCCAGAGUGCUAUAGCUCUUGAUUUUUUCUUUUUUAGAAAAAUGUCUUACUUGCAUAUCUCUACAUGUAGCAAAACGCUCGAGCGCCAUCAACUGAGUGAAUCAACUGGAUAUUUUGAACCUCUUAGAAAUUUAGAUGUUUCGGAAGCAUCAGGCAAUAAUUCUCUGCACGUCGCAGCCCAACUUGGCUGCCACGAUGCUGCUUCCAUAGAAGCACUGUCCAAGCAGCCUGGACUCGCCGAGGAAUUGAACCUCGACGGUCUCACUCCACUGCACCUGGCAUGCCAGGAGGGUCAUCCAGAAAUCGUCGAUAAUUUGAUAAAAAGUAAUAAAAAUCUUUGCAAUCUCAAGGCCAAGAAUAAUGGGCUAAUUCCACUUCAUGUUGCAGCGAUGAAAGGCAAGGUUGAGAUUGUGAAGUUGUUGGUUGAUGCUUGCCCUGAGUCGGUGAAAGAAGCAACCGCGGUGGGUGAAACUUGUCUUCAUCUUGCUGUUAUGUAUAAUAAGGUGAAGGUGUUCCAGUACUUAGUGAAAUGGCUCGGCGAGAGGAUUGACUAUGGCGGCGAUCUGAUUAACAGAAAGGAUCGUGGUGGAAAGACGGUUUUGCACCUUGCCACAUCCAGAAAACAACUACAGACUUUAAAAGUACUGCUUGAUAAUCAAAGCCUUAACAAAAUAGUGGAAGUCAACGCCAAGAACUCCGGCGGUUUCACCCCUCUGGACAUCCUAGAUGUUCUCCCAUAUUCUGGAAAGAUCGAAAUGGAAAUCGACAAAAUCCUUCGACGAGCAGGCGCCAUGAGAGCCCGGGACAUGACAGAUCAAAGCAUCAACAUCAAGGUCGAUCAUGAAUGCAGAAGAAAAUCUCAAAACCCAUCAAAUAUUAGCACCAUCAAGUCCCUCAUCAAGCUCAGAACAGAGGCAUUGAAUGGAAUACUGUUAAUCACAGCCACAUUGCUCACAACAAUAACCUACCAUGCCGGAUUUAGCAUCCGCGCCACGGUUGCAAAUUCUAAAGAGGGUUACACUUAUAGAUACAACCCAAAUGGUACGCUCCAAUUGAAGAAACAAGGUUCAAGCCUAACUAGAUUGUUCAUACUGUUUAAUUCGUCUGGGUUCAUCUCAUCGGUGGCAUUGGUUAUAUUCCUCCUACAUGAAUUCCCAAUGAAACCGUGGCCACAAAUCUCGGUUUCAGCCCUGUUUGGGGCUUAUAUGUGUUCAAUAAUGGCAGUAUCUCCCAAUGAAGCCUUUGCUCUGCUCUUGUUAGCAACUCCCUUUUUGCUGUUGGCAGCUGGAGGAAAACUCUUGGGCCUUGGCCGGCAGAGGCCAGAUGCAGAAUGCGAAGAUGGAGACGCAUAAAACCAUGUACUGUCUUGUGUUCACGUCUAUGCAGAAGCAAGCGUGUUUUGACUGUGUUGUAUCUUUGAAUUCUAGCUAAAAUAAGAGUGACGAGUGUGUGUGUGUGUGUGUGUGUGUGUGUGUGUGUGUGUGUGUGAGAGAGAUAAAAGAACUUGGGACUGUAUGGAAUGUGUGUGUGUGUGUGUAAUGGAAGAACUUGGGACUGUAUGGAAUAAACUCUUGGGGUAGUCUUUGCUACCUGUGCUACAAAGGCUUUUUACUA